UCUAUCAGCGAUUUGUCGGUUUCGUUUGUAGCUGUCACGGUUCUUGUUGAUUCAUACUUCUGGCAACGCUGGCUAUGGCCCGAAGGAGAGGUCUUCUACUUUAACGCAGUUGAGAAUAAAAGCCAUUUAUGGGGCUUUAAUCGGGAUGAACAGGUUCUACUGGGUCUUGAACUGGUGGCUCUCACAUUCAUCACAAUCUACUCCUUCCUUCCCCAUAAGGAGCUCCGCUUCAUCAUCUAUGUGAUUCCUAUAUUCAAUCUCGUGGCAGCCUACUUUUGGGAUUAUGUUGAAAUCCGCCUCCGCGUGUGUCGUAGCAUCAAGGCUACUGGACAAGCGGGUUCUUGGAACAUGAAGGGGCACAAAAAGCCGACUUCGCCAAUUAUGCACAGGAUCUACUGGGUUGCUGUAGUCCUGUGUUAUGCGAGCAUAUUUGUCAAUCUCUGCGCUUCUUUUGGACUACUGUAUUGCUCUUCAUACAACUAUCCUGGAGGAGAAGCCAUUUCUAAGUUAAACACUUGGCCGGGCCUUGCCGAGCGACGCGAUGUGCACGUAUUUGUCAGCAAUCUUGCCGCCCAGACGGGCGUAAAUCGAUUUCAGCAGGUUCAUGCUCAUUGGACAUACAACAAAACGGAACACGUCGAUGACGACACCGACGCCCUAGUCAAAGGGCCUUUCACCCACUUUAUUGUGGAAGCCUCCAAGGACACUCUAGCUGCUCGAACUGACGCCUUCCGAAGGUUGUUCACGGUGAUUUCUUUUUCCGGCAUCAAAUACAUUCCUGAGAAUACGUUCUGGAGCAAAUUCAAAGUUUCUCUAGUACCAGCUCUAGUGGUAUAUGAACGAAUCAAUCAAAUAUGA